AUGGCGCUUCAGGAGUAUGUUGCUGAGCCAUUGCUUGCGGAGGAAGAACGAGCCCGCACUCCUCCUCUUACUUGUCCGUCCUUCGAGAAAGAUCUUCUGACUCAAGCACCGAAGAGGAGCUUCACGAGGAGAUUUGCCCCAUGGCUCAUUCAUCUAUGCAUCUUGCUGAGUUACAAGCUCCUCACAUUGGCCAUUGUGCGCCAUGCCCUAAACGAUAGGAACGAAGAAACUCGUCCAGCGCUUCCCUUACCAGAUAGAGAGGGUCUGCAAUGGCGCUCUCGACGAUUCCCCACGAACAUCGUCGAUAAUCCGCUGGCAGGGACCCCACGGCCGGAGUUGGAGAGUGCCUGGCAUGACCUUUUGCAAAACGACAACAUCCGCGUGCCAAUCGGAUAUCUCCAGGAGAAAAGCCUGAAGUCGGUGUACACCCAAGACCACACCGAGGGGAUCGUGUCUCUCAGCGUCUACCACUCAUUACACUGCCUGUGGAAGCACGCCGACCACUGCGUCGAGUACAUCCGGGAGAGCCUGAUGUGCCAGCCGGACCUCGCCCUCGUCACCUUCCGGUGGAUCAACGACACCGCGCAACAUGCGGCCGCCCCAACCGAGUUUUACCCGACCAAUUUCGACGUCGACGUGCACCGCUGUGCGGACUGGGAGUCGCUGGAUCGGUGGGCGGGCCAGCGCGCGUUUGAUCUGUCUCGAGUGGAUCUAUUGGAUCGGCCGCUGGGAGGGUUGGAGUGGGAGAUGGAGAAGGGUCAAAAUUAG